GCUCUUGCUGCCCUUUCAUUGGCUGAGACGUCUGUCAAUCAUCGCAUGUCAAACCUAGGCUGUGCUGCAGUUUAUAUGGACUAAGAAGUCCCCAAAGCGUCUGAACUCCUUGUAGUUCGUCCCCACUUCAUCUUGUUUUGCUUUCCCCCCCCUCUCCUUCUCUCCAGCAGGGGGGCGAGGGCUAGAGCUCAUUUUAUUUUAUUAUUACACAGAGCCAGCUCUCCCACUAGCUGUACUUUAUACACUCACUCAGUAUGGAGCUCAACUCUCUGUUAAUCCUCCUGGAGGCAGCUGAAUAUUUGGAGAGAAGAGACCGAGGUAUUGUCACUCAUUGCAAAUUCCACCACACCUACACCAUAACCACUGCAUGAACCCACACACUGGGGGGGCUACACACCAUAAACACUGCAUGCACCCACACACACCAUAACCACUGCAUACACUUACACACCAUAACCACUGCAUGCACCCACACACACCAUAAACACUGCAUGCACCCACACACACCAUAAACACUGCAUACACUUACACACCAUAACCACUGCAUGCACCCACACACACACCAUAAACACUGCAUGCACCUACACACUGGGGGGGCUGCACACCAUAAACACUGUAUGCACCUACACAAUGAGGGGGGGCUGCACACCAUAAACACUGCAUGCACCUACACACCAUAAACACUGCAUGCACCUACACACUGAGGGGCUGCACCAUAAACACUGCAUGCACCCAACACACUGGGGGCUGCACACCAUAAACACUGCAUGCACCUACACACUGGGGGGCUGCACAACAUAAACACUGCAUGCACCUACACACUGGGGGGCUGCACACCAUAAACACCGCAUGCACCUACACACUGAGGGGGGGCUGCACACCAUAAACACCGCAUGCACCUACACACUGGGGGGCUGCACACCAUAAACACUGCAUGCACCUACACACUGGGGGGCUGCACACCAUAAACACUGCACCUACACACUGAGGGGCUGCACACCAUAAACACUGCACCUACACACUGAGGGGCUGCACACUAUAAACACUGCACCUACACACUGAGGGGCUGCACACCAUAAACACUGUACCUACACAAUGAGGGGCUGUAUACCAUAAACACUGCAUGCACCUACACACCAUAAACACUGCAUGCACCUACACACUGAGGGGCUGCACACCAUAAACACUGCACCUACACACUGGGGGGGAGGGGGCUGCACACCAUAACACUGCACCUACACAAUGAGGGGCUGAGCACCAUAAACACUGUACCUGCACAAUGAGGGCUGCACCCUUUAACAGAGAAGUCUGCACCCCAUAGACACUGCACACCAUGAACAAACAAGGCACCCCAUAAACGCUGCACACAGUAAACAAUGCACCUACUAACCUGGGAGGGAGCUAUUCUCUUUAACAAAGAAGCCUGCACCCUAUACACACCUGCUAAUAUGGGAAGGACCUGCACCCCAUAAACACUGCACCCUUUAACAGGGGUGUUUGCACCCUUUAACAGGGGUGUUUGCACCCUUUAUCAUGGAAAAGAGCUGCACCCAAUCAACACUACACCCGUUAACAUGGGCAGGGGCUGCACCCUAAAAAUCCUGCACCCAAUAAACAUUGCUUCUACUAACAUGGCAAUGGACUGCACCCCAUAAACACUGUAUCCUUUAUCAUGGGAGGAAGCUGCGACCCAUACACAUUGCCCCCCUAAAACAAAGCAGCAUUUAUCGUUGGAGGGAGAUGCAUACCCAUAAACACGUUUACCAUGGGAGAAAGAUGCCCCCUCAUAAAUACUGCACCCAUUAACAUGGGAAGGGGCUGCACCCCAUAAACACUGCGUCCAUUAACAUGGGAAGAGACUGCACCUUUUAAUAUGGGAGAGCUGCACCCCUAAAACCACUGCAGAGUAACACAGAAGGGGAGUACAGCCCAUAUAAAACACUGCUUUGUAACUUAGGAAGAUGUCUGCAGAUGUCUGAACUGCACAAUAACUUGGGAGGGACUGCACCCCCACCUCAAAACACUACACACAGUAAUGUUGAAAAUAGCUUCAUCCCUGAGCUCAGAACAGUAACAUGGGUGGGGGCUGCAACAGCUUAAAGUCUGCACUGUACCAUGGAAGCUUCAAAGCCCUUGUACUUUAAUAUUAAUGGGGGGCUCGCAUCCCAAAAAAACUGCACAACAACAUAUAAAGGGGGCUCCAACAUAUCCUGCACUGUAACAUGGGAAGGGGCUACCCACUAUAAACACUGCUUCAUAACAUGAGAGAGGGCUGCUCUACGUAAACACUGCAUGGUAAUAUGGCGGGGGGCUACACCCCCUACACUUUACAUGUCAACAUGGGAGUAGUCUGAAGCCAAGUAAAAACUGCACAGCGAAAUGGGAGGGGGAUGCCCCCCAUAGACACUGCACAGUAUCAUGGGAGGGGGUACACCCUAAUUAACACACUGUACAGUACUAUCCAGGGGGUGGAAAUAAAAACACACAAAGUUCUAUGUCCAUAGCUUUCAUUCUAUCUAUAAUACACACAGACCUGUCGCAGUCAUGUGUUUCCAAAUAAUAAUUGUUCCAACAUAUACAAAUUUCUGAAAAGUACACAUUGCCUCUAACAAUGUCUGCAGUGUGUUCUGUCCUUGCAAAUCUCAUCCCAGCCUAGAACCUCACACUAGACCUCUUUAAUGCGUAUCCUCCAUACAGUGCUACUUUCUAUGCAUGAACGGACACUUAUUGACGUGUUCCAAGUUUACAGACUCUGUUCUAAUGGUACACAAGUGUACUCUGCAGACCUGAUAUUAUGCUAUGCAUGUGGAGUAGGGCUAAUGGCUCUUGUCAGAUCAUACUUCCCUGGGGACAUUUCCAUGACUGCUGCUGUUUUUGGUUACAUUGUUUUGUGUGUAGAUGUCGGAGUGUCAUUUUAUUGUGAGUGUCAGUGGGGAGUGAUUAGGAUCCCACCCUGCAGGCUAGUCACAUGCUGUGCAUGUAAACAUUGUAACUUAUGGAGUAGUUUGGAGAAGGGGUGAGAAGUUGCUACACAGUUGCAUGUGCAGUGAUCAGUGUACUGUGUGUUUUAAUUAUUGUCCCCCUCCUCUCUCUUUUCCUUUGACAGAAGCAGAACAUGGCUAUGCAUCAGUUUUACCUUUCCAUACUGAUUACUCCUUGAAGAAAACCAAAGCAGCCUCAUUAUCUAGAAAAUCUCAAAACAACAGGUAAAUAGCAGAGGGGAGAGUCCCUUCCCCUGUCCUGAUUUAGGGGCUGCAGAUCAUAUGAGAGUGCUGGGGGUGGUGCUGGGAGAAGUCGCCAUUUUUCCUCCCUGGGCUUGGCUCUGUUUUGAUCUCAUAUAAACACUGCCACGCGUACACCAUGCACACAGCGGCCCAUGCAUGCAAGCCCUGCAGCAGCCAGCCUCAUCAGGAGACACACACGAAUUAACCUCUUCCAUGCAGUUACAUUUCACUUCUCAAUAACCACACUAGCACUGGAAUGCAGGACACUGCAUCAUGCUGCUUUUAAUGGAUUUUUAUUAUUGUAAAACAAAAACAAUGAAUACAAUAUGUAUAUUUUAUCUUUGUGGAAUUUUAUAACAUAACUGUGUCCUGGGCACCCAUUACUAAACUAUUUUAAACACUAUAUGUGUGGUUUUUUUUUUUAUUGUUUUAAAUAGCGAGUUUGUCUUUCUACAUACAAAUGUUUCUGUAUCUCUUGAUAUGUGUUCAGGCAUUUUGUGGCCCUGCACACAUAGUGUAGUUUCUAUGUUUAUUAACUUAGUUUGUUAUUUUGGGGGAAUAAUUGAAUAUGUAAGCAUAAUAGCCAGUAAAUAUGGCAAGGGUGUGCUGCAUGUUACUUACGUAUUUAUUUAUUUAUUUAUUUAUUUAUUUUAGUUUUUCUUGAGGGGGAGAGGUUAUAGUCAUUUGUAAUGGUGAAUAAUAAUACAUGUUAGCAGAAAUACAACUAGCCUUCAUAUUAUUAAAAAUGUACUUGCAUUAUAUUUGAUCCAGUGCACUGUAUGUUAAAGGGUCACCCUGAGCACUAUAACUACAUCAUCUUUCUGAAGUUGUUAUGGUGCAAAGACCCAGCCUUGGCAAACUUCAAAAAGCAAAACGUUAAGUAAUAAUUACAUUUUAUUUCUAUGUGUAGGGCAGCUUCCCUGCAAUGUCAGUCAGCUUAAAUUCUCUGUUCCUGAGAGGCAAUAUUAUUUUUGUGCGUGGUGUAAGCACACACAAUGUGCUAACCCCAGACGCCUUGGACAGGCUGACCUUGAUUGGGUUAGUUAAGUGCAACAUGUCAGAGCUCCUACUGUAAGGCAAUUUAAUUCCCUGACAAAAACACAAACAGCUCUAAUUAGAAUUCAUGCCCAUUCAAAAUGAGCGACUCCUGGAUUACAACUCCUAUUAUACUUAGUGAAAUUAUGAGAGCUUAAUGGGAGUUAAAUAUGUUUCUGGUGUAAUGAGAUCCAAAGGUAACCACUUUCUAAACAAUUUAUGUGGAAUAUUACUCUCUAACCAAUCAUGUGUGGUGGUUGGCUGAGCCUGAUUAGUGUUUUAUUCCACAAUAGCUUUAUAUAGUUUAUCACCACUUAAUGAAGACAUGAAAAUUAAUACUUAAAAUGGUACCAGAUUUAUUAAAAAAUAUUUUUAAUUCAAAUACUAAAUCUCAAUAAAACCACUGAUCUUUAUGAGAAAUUUUGGUCUGAAGAUUCUUCCUCUAUUAGAAAUAAUUGACCAGGCAAAUGCUCAGCACUAACAAGGAAGUAAGUGCUGUCAUAAAUUGCAGAUGCCAGUUAUACAGUUUAUGAAAGGCAUGUUUUUAGGGCUUAGAAAAUAUUUGUUCCAAUUUUAGCUUUUAAAAAAUAUACUUUUUUGGACACCGUUUCCUUGUAAUUUGUCUUAAGAAUUAUUUUAUGAUCCUUGCAUAGUUUUAAAUUCCUGCUCAUUUUCUGUGUGCAAAUCAGAUUUUAAUCUAUUUGUAAGUAUGUAGGUUUUUUUGUUUUUUUUUAAAUGUUGUUUUAGGAACAUCAGGUGGCACUGACUUGCACUUGUAUGUUCUUGAUGUUAAUGUUUACAUUUUUGAGAGAAGGUUAUGUAUUUCUUAGGUUCGGAAUAUAUAUAUAUAUAUAUAUAUAUAUAUAUAUACACACAUUAUAGUCAUUAAAAAUCCUUUUAUGUUUAUUUGAUUGGAAUUUCCAUGUGGGUAGACAUACCAAUGCAUGCAUAUAUUACAGUAGAUAAUUAAAGUUAUAGACUAUUAUUUAUAUUUUGUGAUUCUAUAGGUAUAUAUUGAUCAGUAUCCAGUUAUUUUCUUUUUUGUUGGUCACUAGGUAUUACGAGGGUUAAACAUAUCAGUGUGUUUGGUGAUGCUACUGAUUUUAUGUUUAAUGAGGCACUGUGUGCAUUUGAUAUGCAUGCUGUUCUUAGCAGAUCAUCUUAGCUCUCUCUACCCAGAGUGGAUUAUGUACUUCACACUAGACUUAUUUCAGUAGAAGUUGCUUUAUAAGAUCAGCAAUAACCCUUUAUCUUAAGCAACAGCUCACCUGCCUGCUAAUCAGUUUAGAGUUAAAGGACCACUAUAGUGCCAGGAAAACAUACUUGUCCUCCUCCUCCUCUCCUCCUCUUUGGCUGCAUGCGCGGCAGGAGCUGCGCGCGCAUUCAGCAAGUCUCACAGGAAAGCAUUCAUAAUGCUUUCCUAUGGACGCUUGCGUCUUCUCACUGUGAUUUUCACAGUGAGAAGCACGCAAACGCCUUUAGCGGCUGUCAAUGAGACAGCCACUAGAGGCUUUAGAGGCUGGAUUAACCUAUUUAUAAACAUAGCAGUUUCUCUGAAACUGCUAUGUUUAUAAAAAAAAAUGGGUUAACCCUAGCUGGAUCAGGCACCCAGACCACUUCAUUAAUCUGAAGUGGUCUGGGUGCCUAGAGUGGUCCUUUAAAGCAACACUGUUGGCACAAUAACCACUACAGCCCACUGUAAUGUUUAUGGUGGCAGGAGUGUUCUAGCACCCUCCCAGAGUAACUGGUCAACCUGUUUAAUAACAGUUUGACUACUUACCUGGGCCCAGGGUCCAGGAACUGUGGCUGUGAGGAGACCCUCGCUGAACCGACUGGGAGAUCAAAAGAUCUCCCUGAGUGGAGAUGUGCCCCAUCACCUAUUUGAGGGAUUGUUUUGAUCUGGAUCUCUAUAGCUCCCUUGCAUUCCCCCAACGCUUCAUGAUUACUCAGAGCACCAUGGUCAACACGCUGAGUCAUUGACUGAGCUCCGGGAGUGUGAGAGAGCUCUUAAUGUGAUCUACACUUGUUAUUGAUGCAGACCACAAAGGUCCCCCACCAGAUCACUAGGGAACCUGCGACUGAGCCAGCCCCCCACUUCCAGUGAUUCAGCCCAGAGUGCCCUCCACCGGACUACCAGGGAUAACAGCCCCCUCCUGUUAAAAAGUGAGCAGACAGUGUCAGGUGAACGCUCAAAGAUAAUAAGCAAGGCCCUGCACAGCUAGAUUUAACUUAGUGAGAGGAACUUCUAACCAGUGGAGGAGUCACUGGUGGGUGCCUGACAGGACCCAAACAAGUUGUCAAACCAUCCUUAACCCCUUAAGGACACAUGACAUGUCAUGAUUCCCUUUUAUUCCAGAAGUUUGGUCCUUAAGGGGAUAAACUGUAUGACCACUUACUCUGGGAGGAUACUAGGGAACUUUGUCAGCCAACUGGUUACUUGUUUGAUGGCUCAGGUCAGCCAACAGUCAAACUGGCAUCUAAACCAUUUUAUUGGAUUGUAGUGCUUAUGGUGCUUGGAUUAUUCCUUUGGGGCAGUUCUUUUUAUUUGCAAUCACUCAAGAUUUUUGUUGUGUGUGUAUUGCUCCAAGUGAGUUAACUACAACUUCCAUGAUGCACUGCUAGUGUUUAGCUGGGGCAUAAAAGUAUAGUGGAAGAUUUUAAUUUUGCAUGGCUGCUUUGACUUUUUUAAAAAAAUGUAUUUAAGGAGUAUUUCUGUACACCUUCUCUAUAAAUGUCCCCAGAAAAGGAAAGUUACGAAUGUAAAUCUGAUGGACACAAAUAUUUGCACUUAUAUUAUUAUUAUUUUUUUUUAAUUUACUUUUCGAGUGCAGGUUUUGCCUGAUAAGCAUAGUUCUGCUUUUAGCUUCAUUUAUGUUGACUACUAUGCGUAUACAUUAAAAAAAGUAAACAAUGAUUUGUGUGUGUGCUCAGUGUACUGUGAUUACAUGCAGAGCUAAAGACACAUGACUUCUUGGACUUUCUCUUGCCUAGCACGUCUGAAUUUCCAGGUUCGUUAUAUGCUUACUAAGUUACAUGAUCCUGCUAUGAGAGGAAGGGACAAGUGUUUAACCUAAUAGUCGAAACACCGAUGAGAUAUUUAUUGAUGGCUAUAUACACAGACAAAAAAAUAAUCAUGAUUCCCACCACCAGGGUUUUGGCUAUUGUAAUUUUAUAUGCUUUUACUUUUUGGUCCUUGAGGAAGUCCCUUAUGGGAAGAAACGCAUAGGGCCUAAUUUUGAUUUAAAUUUCUUUUGAAAUAAAGCCACUUUUCUCCAUUGUAUUCCUGCUGAAGUCCCUGGUUGAUAUUACACCUACUCGGAGGGAAAGUGCCCCCAAAGGCACCCAUUGUGCACAUACUACCAAGAAAUCUUGUGAGGGCAAUUCAGUUUGGUGCUUCAUUUAUUGAUAGCUAUUUGUUUGGUUUUUUUUUUUCUUUUGUUUUGUUUGCUGUCUGUAAACCAUUAAGUGUAAAAUUUAAACUAUAAUUUUAGAAUUUUAAACCACUGUACUGUGUGAGGAACUGCUGUAUUUCUCAAACUAAAAUGAAGAAAUGACCCUAUGACAUUAAAUAGCUCUUGUUAUGUUUAGAAUUAUUUUGUGCUAUAGUAGGAACCUGUCAAUAGCAUUGUAAAUAUUUGAGACGGAAAGUGACAAAAUACGUGAUGCAUGUGCUAUAAAUUGUUUUACUUGUUUGUGAUACUUGAUGCAAGAUGUUUAAAACUACCAGCCCUGCACCAAAUACACAUUUGACGAUAUGGAAAAUUUAAGAUUAAAGUGCAGCAACUGAAAAAAGUUUAGAGAAUUUCUUCAUAAUUACUUAGAUAUAUAUAUAUAUACUUUACAUAAUACGAUUUUGAGUUUUGGAAAGGUUUGUCACUAUGUCAUAAUGUUACUGCUCUGGCAUCCCAAAAACAUUGUUCAUAAAGUACGGGAGCAAAAAGGGACUUUGAGAUUCUUAUUGUUAUUACAGAAUUGUCUCUUAUCAGUCAAAUGUGUUAAGGAUUACCCUAAAAUAAAUAAAUGUACUAUAAUGACCUUUUAAAGCAAAUUCACUUGCUUGAAUUUAAAGUCAGCCUAUAUGUUUUAAUUCUGGUUGUUUUGCAAAUUAUAGCUGUGUAAAUGUGCAGACUAAUUUAAAAACUGGCCUCUGCUUCCUGAUAGUAAUAUCAGAAAAGUGAUGGUCUAUUCCUGCUGGUUAACUUGUUUGAUGGCUCAGGUCAGCCGACAGUCAAGCUGCACGUAGUAAGUUGGGCUGAAAAAAUGUAGGAAGGUUUAGUCACUGAAAAUGAAUUCAUUAGAUUGAGACUUCAAAUUAAAUUAAAGUUUAUGGUCAAAAUCUCCAACCUGGAAAAUUUCUGUCUGCUAUUAUCUCAGCUCGGCUACUCUGGCCUUAAAUUUGAAAUCCACUUUGAUUUCAUUUUGAAUUCUCACUUUGAAAUCUAUACCUCUGUACUGCCAAAAGUGCUGAAUAAGAUAAUCCGUUUGGUUCCUAAAUUAGGUUAUCCAGUUCUGUGCAUCAUAAUCUUGAAUUCAGUAAAGACCCGCGGAAGCGCCAAACAAGCCAAAUGUUAAAUUUCCAUAAGUCCCCAUUGUUAAUUAGUAGGGAUCAAUCAAACAGUACUCACAGUGGAAGUAAUGGCACUCUUCUGACUCAGUGACCCCAGGUAGUGGAUGUUAAACAUUCAAUGGCAACAUACUCUCACUUCAGUGUGACUCAGUAAUCUUUUUCUGUUGUUUUAGGGACAAAAGGACUUGGGAAUCUAGCUGUUUCAGACUUGAGACCAGAAUACUGGGCAUGGGGGCUUGACUGUCAGAGUGUUCCCUGUAAUGUUGGUUUAGUGAGUGUGAUUUCGUUUUUAUUGUACAUUUUGACAACGAUCAGUCUGUAAGCAUUCAAACACAUAUGGUAGUUAGAAGAACACUAUAGGGUCAGGAAUACAAAUGUGUAUUCCUGACCCUAUAGUGUUAAGAACAUUAUUUAGGUGGCCGGUCCCCACUUGCCCCUCUUAAAAUGGGUAUAAAACUUGCCUUUAUUCCAGCACAGCACAAGGUGGCGGCGCAAGGCCCAUGCCCAAUCCACCUCCUUAGCUGGGAUUGUCAGAAUUUAUCAUCUCGGCCAAUCCAAUACUUUCCCAUGAGAGAGCAUUGGGAGGGUAAUGUGCACGCAUGCACAGUGCUGGCCAGUCAGCCAGCAUCUCCUCCUAGAGAUGCACUGACCAAGGAAGCACCUCUAGUGGCCGUCUGCGUGAUUGCCACUGGAGGUGUCCCUAGUCAGAAAUGUAAACACUGCAUUUUCUCUGAAAAGGCAGUGUUUACAUUAAAAUGCCUGCAGGGACUGACUAUAGACAACAGAACAACUACAUUAAGCUAUAGUUGUUUAGGUGAUUUUAGUGUCCCUUUAAAUGCCACAGUAAAAACUAAAUAUUAUGGUUCACAUCAUGCUAACUGAUAAUGAACCUGCAUUCACACACACACUCUCUGAAGGUGGCUGUUCACUCAGCAAGGUAAGUAAAUUUAGGGUCAUGGUUAGGGAUUACAUUAGGGUUAGAGACUGAAUUUACAAUAUGAUAUUUCAACACAUGAAGUUACAGUUAGGGUUAUAAUAACAGUCAGGGUUACAUUUAGUGUUACAUCAAGUGUUGUCGCGAACGGUUCGCCGGCGAACUCCGGUCAGCUGACACAUCCCUGCCAAUCUCCGGCAGACCCUCCCUCCCAGACCCUCCCACCUCCUGGACAGCAUCCAUGUUGAAGCUGCCUUCAACAUGGAUGCUGUCCAGGAAGUAGGAGGGUCUGGGAGGGAGGGUAUGCUGGAGAUUUGCCGGGAUGUGUCAGCUGACCGGAGUUCGCCACGAACGGUUCGUGGCGAACCGUUCGCUGGAAGUUUGCGGACGGUUCGCGACAUCUCUAGUCCCCAACCCUAAUUUAACUAAUUGCUUAUAGAGCAAUGCAGCCCCUAACCCUAAACGUCAGUGAAUCCCUAACUUUAUUUACCUUUCAGGACUUCACUGAGCAACCCUCUUCAGAGAUUGUGUGCUCAUGUCUGUUCCCUAGAGAUCAGGUAACAGAUCUAUACGGGGGAACCAACUUUUGUACACAAGCAAAAUGAGGAACUAGAAUGGAUUAGAUGCUGAACAAUGAAAGCUAACAUUGGCCCAAACAUAGAGGUUGAAACCUACAUUUUGUCAACUGCUCAAAGGCAACUGGACAGUCUAAAUUCCAUUCCUAAAAGCACAGGCUUUAUAUUUGCAUUUGCAAACGUUUUUGAUUUCCUUCAUUUUGUUUUUUUUCGUUUUACAUACUAUCUUUUCUCUUCCUUAUUUUCCCUUCUCUAUUUCUGGGUAUUCGGUUGAUGUAACACCUUUCUUGCCAAUCUUUCCUAUUAAAACCACGCACCAUGUUAGUGGCUUUUUGAAUAUUUUGUGUUUUUUCUAUGAGGUUUUUUUUUUUUUUUUUAUUUUUUUUUUUAAGUAAUCCACAGACAACUGUAGUAAACCUUCCUUGACCUAGAAUAACGAAAUGGCAUAUCUUGUGCAUUGGAUAGAUUAAAACACUCCGACAAACCAGCUGCCGUGCUGCGGAUGUUCAUAGUGGUUCACAUACAUAUUUUAGUGCAUCUCCAAAUUGAAUGACAAGGUGUUUUGUGUAUCCACCUGUUAUCAGUAUGUUAAUCCUGGAUAUAUCUGAAGAUAGGUGGUACCUCCAUCACAUUUUGUGUUUCUGAAUUCAUACAGAAAGUCCUCAUUUUAUUAGUCUAAUUUCCACAACUGAAUGCAGCAUUUUAUAUGCAAGAGUACACAAUGUACUCACAGAGUGCUAUUCAUAAACAAAAACAUGACUGUGCAGUAUAUAUUCAGGCUCAGUGGCAUGGUGGCCACUACCCCGUUCUAUGGCGUGAGAAUCUGCCCUAUACAUUUCUUGGCUACAGGCAUUCUGCAGUGUUGCCUCGACAUUUCUGUUACAUUUUUUUAUGCUAAUCAUGUUUUUCAAAUUCAUUAGCCCAUUCAAUCAUCAUUGCACUCUCAUUAAUACACACAUCUCGUGCUAGUGAUUGUUCUAGCCAAUAGGUUAGCCAGUCCUCUGGUAGUAUGCAAAUGUGAAAAUGUAAUCUGCUCGGGUUUUAGACCUUUCAUUAGUACGAUGUACAGAUGGGAUUUGAGUUCCUACAUGGAGAGCACCUUGCCAUCCCUCACUCAUGGCUGACUCGGUAACUGUAGAUGCAAAUACUCAUGGGUGUCGUGAAUAUAAAAAUAUUGUUGGUGUUUAACAGAGUAUUAACUAGUUUUUCAUUAACCUCACUGAUGAUGCCUAACAAGGCUGAAACGAUCGUCUGGGGUUGCUGUAUCUCUCGUGCAGAGAGAACUUGCUGGUAUUUCGGAUCUGGACUGCCCGUAUGGAUGGGACCAGUCUGAUAUGCUUCAGAUAUGUUCUCUCUGUAAUGGCACAAGAUGAGCUAAAACCAGCUUGAUUUCUGAGCGGGGACCCACAGAAGGGCAGGCUAUUUUAGCUGCUGUCCGUUCUCAGAAUACUUUUGCAACACGUUUUUUGCUCUCCAUUAGUUUUUCAUUAAACACAAAAUUAUUUUUUAAUGCAUUUAUUUUUUUCCAUUUCCUAUUUUAAUAGUUUUCUGAACCAAAUAUAAAAUCAUUAUAAAAUUAAAAGCGAAAACUGUCUGUUUUCUGGUCAUUGCAAAGAUCAUUGCAAAGCUUUUUAAAAACCCUUAAAUCCGAUCUUAACCCUUUUUAGUGCUUGGAGAUCUAUUUAUUUUUUGGUAUUAACUUUCCUCAGAAAGGAAUUCGAAUUAAUAACAAUUUUUGUGACACAAACCCAUUUCCUGGUUCUAUAGUAAUUCAAAAGGUUAAGGGGAGAGAAAAUUAGGGGUGACAUCAGAAGGAGCUGUUGCGUAAUGUUAGCAGAGUUGAUAAAGAGACUGUAAUACAGUGCUUCAUAACCCUUUUUAUUUUCAACAGGGAGAUUAGCUUGGCAACCUGUACUUCAAUUUUAGAAUUAGCUCAGUUACCCAGAGUUUAAUUGUAACAUAUAACAAAAGGAAUUCUGUAAAACGUUUUCUGCUAUACUCUUCCCACUGGAAAGGCUGCUAUGGAAAAUUAAUUAUUGAGAGUUGUUGCAUAAAGUCUAAUGAAAAUGAAAUGCCUGUUCUCUCUCGGUCAAUGGUUUUUCAUUUUUAAGCCAAAUAGGACAAAACUUUGAAGUCAACUUUGUGUUUGUGCUAAUAUAAAAAAUAUGUCAAUUGUCCAAAAUACUCAGUUUAGUGAUGAAAACCACUAUGUAAAAAAAAAAAGUAAGCAACUUGUUUGUCUUUGUUUUUUUUUUUUUUGUGCUGUACCCACCAUCCCAAUGUUUACAUACUUUUUGUACUGUAUUAUUAUGUAAUAUUUUAGAAUAACAAUGAGCACUAUUCACUAAACCUCAAACUGUAGUGCAUUGAAAAUGAUAUGAGUUUUACAUAAAAAAUCGUUUCUCAUUCUGCAUGUUUUUGCCUUAAUUUUGCACUUUUUUUUUCUUUUAAAAUGUUUAAGUUCACUUUAAUUUAAAGCAUAGUGAAUAAACUGCAUUGAUUUUUUUUUUCGUUUUUUUUCAGUACCAAAUUUUGUUGAAAUUACAUUAGAUUUUCUUGUUUUAAAUCCCUGAAAAUAUGUUGGCACAUAAUCCAACUCUUCUGUAAUAAUGGGUAAUAUUUAAUUGUGUAUUAUUUGUCUAUGCUCUCCCGAUGCAGUUUUUAUAUAUUAAGAUAUACCCUUUCCUGUAAAUGUAGAAUACAUUUAAAUUAGAAAUCCCCAAACAAAAAGGAUUUCUUUCAAAACUCUAUUUUUGAUUGAAGAAGCAGUUGUCUCACGGCUCUGUAUUAUGAAAGCUCUCCAUUCUAAUUUAAAACAAGUAAAUAUUUUCUGUUAAAUAUCUACGUUGCAGAAAAUUGCCAACAGAGCAAGUCCAAAAAUGUUAUAUAAAUAAAACCGAUUUAAACACAGUUCGAUUUGAUCUCCAAGUCCCUUUGCAGGUUUGCUGGGGAGCUUUGUAGUUCAUUCUCUGUUAUACCGACUGGAACAUUUUGUGCAGCCAUUCUUGUAAUAUUCAAAGUAGCUCCCAAAGCAAACAUUGGCUGUGUUUUGAGGGUUUUUAUUCAGAUUUUUUUUUUCUCAACAGCAGGUGGUGUGGAUCAUUUCAGAACUUUUCUAAAUUUCGGCUUUUAGAGCUGGUUUCUUUAUGUACACAUAGCACAAAAUCCUCCUACAACAGAUCCACCUGUGGUUAUGAAAACGUCAGUAUUAUUCACUAAACUAAGAAUUCCAGUGGAUUUAAAGGACCACUAUAGGCACCUAGACCACUUCAGCUCAAUGAUGUGGUCUGGUUGCCAGGUCCCCCUAGUUUUAACCCUGCAGCUGAAAACUGCUAUGUUUACAUUGCAGGGUUAAUUCAGCCUCUAGUAGCUGUCUCCCUGACAGCCACUAGAGGCCCCUUCCGCAAUUCUCAGUGAGUAAAUCGCACUGAAAUGACGCUGGAAUAAAUAAGAUCCCCAUAGGAAAGCAUUGAGUAAUGCUUUCCUAUGGACGGGUUUGAACGCGCUCGCCUCUCUGGCCUCACAUGCGCAUUUGGCUCCACUCGGGAGCUGACGCCGGCAGGGGGAGGAGAGGUCACCAGGGCUGAGGGAGCCCGGCGCUGGAUUAAGGUAAGUGGCUGAAGGGGUUUUAACCCCUUCAGCCCAGCGGGAGGGGGGCACUGAGGGAGGGGGGUCCUAUUAACCAUAUAGUACCAGGAAAACAGGUUUGUAAGUUUGAAUGGAAAAGCUGAAGCUAAAAUUGCCAGGUUUAGUCUAUAUCUAGUUGGAGAAUGUUUUCAAAUGUGCCCAAACACAUCAUUUCAUCCAGGAUUUACCUGUGGAGUCUUAUUCAGUGAGUAAAGCUUUAUGUUUGGUGUCAUCAUGGACAGCAUGAUGUCCCCAAGAUCUGAGAAUUCUUCUUAAAGACCGCACUGAACUCAGGGUUGCUGUGUGAAAAUAAUCUGAUUAGCAAAGGUCAGCAAAUAAUGCAUAUUCACAUUGGGUUUGCAGUGAAAUACAUUGGAUUGGACAGGAGAUCAUUUGUAUGGAUCAGAAGAACUGGGCAAGUAACUUGUUAAAGAAAGUAUUGGUUCAUAAUUUUACAAAUGGGCAAUAAUGGACCGUCCAUUCCUGUUUCAGCUUUUUUGUCAGAUUUAUUUUUCCUUACUUUUUAGCCACUUAAUAUAAGGUGUUGUGACUUAUCGGAACAAAGGAAGGCAGAUGCUAAACCAGGCAUAGGCAACCUUCGGCACUCCAGAUGUUUUGCACUACACCUCCUAUGAUGCUUUGCCAGCAUUAUGGGUGUAAGAGCAUUAUGGGGGAUGUAGUCCACAACAUCUGGAGUGCCGAAGGUUGCCUAUCCCUGUUAAACUAUGCAGCUGGGUUAGCCAACCCAUAUCUCUCCACUUGUUGUGGAACAAUACAUUCUCAGAAUGCAGCAGACGGACAGAAGCAUCAUAUGGGAUGUACCACCAGAAUACAGUAAAUGUUGGGUUACCUGCUAAGCAUCCCUGCCGAUGAGCAAACAUGGGAUGAUCCAUUCCAACCACUUAACUGCGUGCCAACUAAGAACGUCAGCUCGAGCUGGAGUCAGAAGAAUUGGAUCAGUCUACUUAACCUAUCUGCUAGGAUGACAGGCAGCAAGAUAUAAAAGCUACGAGUGGUUCCUUCUCUUCCAUGCAUAACCACCAUGGCAUAAUGCCCAAAUUAGAGGUGUUUAGAUACCAAAGAACACUCAAAUUGAGUACUUUUAACUAUUUUCUAUGUAUGAAGUCUGUGUGCUUUUAAAUAGCAGACGUCCAAAACAGUUGUUUGGCAGAUGGGAGAAGUGACUGUGUCUGGAGCAGAUGACAGACAUUUUGAGCUUUGAAGAUAAAUGAGGUGCAGUGAGCAGGGCAGCACACAUAUAGAGAUUGAAGUCUAGAGGCUUUACGGUGCACUGAUGUGUGGGGUCGAUCCCAUCUCAAAGUGAAGUAUGAAGCCGAGCGAUAAUGAUGUAUCUGAUGACAGUGCCUGGAAGAUUAAAGAGCAGCUGGGGCUUUGUACAAAGGGAUGAGCGAUGAGAGAGGACUGUAAUCUUCAAUGUACUGCAAGAAUUGAGCCUCGUUUACACACUUUUUUACACACAGAACACAUUGUUGCCUUUGGAUUCUUCUAAAAUAACUAAUGUUGCUGUUUAAUGUACUUACAAUGUUUCUUUUUGAGCUUAAAUAGGAUGAUGGGGAUAUAAAUAUUAGGAGCCUUGGCCAGUGUCCUCUGUAGCCCAGUUCGCCUUAAAGGGCCACCCAGACCAUGUCUUCUCAUUUCAGUGUCCUUUUCCCUCUGCAUCAAGGAACUGCAUUGUUUAUAUUGAAGUGCUAAGAAUGCCUCUGGUGGCUGUCUACCAAUUGCUUUGCAUGAGGACUUCCAGUGUCCACUAAAUCACCACAGGAAAGCAUUGAUUCAAUGCUUUCUUAUGGGUAAGGCCUAAUGUGCAUUCAGUGCUCUCCGUGCAUGCACAUUAGGUCCCUCCCCCAUCGGCUGACGUUGGUUGGAGAACAAGGCGCUGGCCUCCUCCUUGGUCUCACUAUUAGCUCCCGCGCUGGCAGAGGUAAAAUGCUACAUCCAAUUCUGCACUGUUGUUGGCAGCAAGCCAAAAGCUCGUUGGAACGGUGGCACAUUAUCAGGGGCCUUGAUCGUAACCCAGGACUCUCCUUGUCUGGCAUGUAAGCUGAAGGGGUGGCCCCAGCUGUGGGCAAUAUGCUGCUCUCGCACUAAUGUGGUGAUGGGGUGGAAGGCGUGUCGAAUUUUGAAAAUGUCCAAGUUUGGCAUUCUCUGGCCUUGGACAUAAUGCGCUCAUUCUGUUGAUAUGAAUUAACCCAGCAGAUCACAUCUCUAGGUACUCCCAUCAGGGCGGGGAGGGCAUAAAGGUUGGUGAGCCCUGUCUAGUAGAAUCUCCUCCGGGUCCUUAUUACCCAGGAUCAUAUUGAACAUGGAUUGCCGGGUAUCAUAAAGGGGUUUCUCAGUUUAGUCAUAGUUGCCAUACUAUAGAUGAGUUUGAGAAUUUUUACAAAUCUGCUACUUUGUUCCUAAAUAAACACCCAUAUUUCAUUUUCACAUUCAAUGGUUCUGGCAAGAAUAAGUAACAGAAUUUUAUAAAUUGGUAAAUCAAUGAUCAUAUUAAAAUCUGAUAUAGAAAUGUACCCAUUUUAUCAUUUUGCAUCUUUGAAGGAAGAGAAUUAUACCAUCAAUAUAUUUAUUGAUGCCAUCAGAAAUCAAUUUUAUAAAUACAUGUGCAAAGACAAGACCUAUGCAUAAAAGAAUACUGCAGGCACCAUAACCACUUUAAGUGGUUAUAGUGCCUGGAGUUCAGUGUCUCCUGGUCCUGCAUUAAUACAGUUACAUUCUAACAAAUACUAAACAGUUUAUUCACCGCUUAACAGAAAUUCUCGGUCCCCAGCAGCCUGAAGCAAGGCGUGCAAUAACUAAAUAGCUGAGGAGGAGAGGGUAGCAGGCAUUGAUUGGCUGAGAGUCUUAGCUGAGCGACCUCAGCCAAUCACUUCCUGGUAUGAAUUUUUAUGGUGUGAGCUUGAAGCAUAGAUCUGCUGCUGCCAUUUUAACAUUGAAGACCGUUCUUCAGUCUGCUGCUUAUGACUGAGAAUCACUAGUAAACGAUGAGUAGCGCCCAUGACUCCAGACACCAUAACCACUUAAAUAUGUUGAUUGUUAUUAAGCUCAUUUUCCCAUCUCAUUCAUCAGCUUCCUCAACUCGAAGACUAAUUCGAGAUUUCCAAUCAUACUGCCAAAUUGCAACAUAUGGUGAAAUACAAUCACAGAACGGUUUAUUCACAGAUCAAAAUAAAGUGAACAUAGCAUAGCAUGCGGACCUUGAUUCCUGUAAUACAUCAAAUGAUUAGUAAGCAAAAUGACAGCACUUUUAAAGCCUCACUGUACUAAAAAAAACAAAUGCAAAACACUGGGUUCUCCCAUCAGUAUCUAUAGACGUUUAUAUUGUAUAUUAUGCAUCCAAAGUUAUGUACGCAUUGUGACCAUUCAUUGAUGGUCCCACAGCAGGCAGCCUACAGGACUGAGCUAAAAGCUAACAAUACAACUGUAUCCUUAGUUUGGUUGAAAUGUUUCCACACUCUUUCAUUAAAAUGUUUUCUUUAUGAAGUGCCAAUAUAAAAUAUUUGCAAGACUGACGAACAGAAGUAAAAUUGGAAGAGUGAUAGGAGCUGUAGGCUCCAGUAGGUCUCUAUUGUUUGAUCCCAGAGAGACUGAAUUCUAAACAAGUUUAUUUAUAUUCUAUACGUUGGUAAUAACAUUAAACUCUCAUUUACUCUCAGCAGACCAAGAAACGAUAAUUAUUAUUUUAAGUGCAAAAUUGACCAUUUCUAGCAGAAAACUAUAAAUAAGUGUUUCCGUUGCAAAUAAAAUGUGUUGACUAUAAGACUAAAGAUUGAGCCUUCAUCAUAUUAAUUUGUUUUUGAAUUAUAUUAAUAAUAAUAAAAAAAAAUCUAUGAUGCCACUCUGGAAAGCGGCAUUACUAGGAUCUACUUAGACUUUGUUUGUCUUUGAAUGUAUAUGCCAUGCAAGUUAUCUUUAUCUUGCUGGAGGUUUUUUUUUCUCAAUGCUUUCCUAUGGGGAGAUGUAAUGCACGUGUGGCAUCUGCCGCUCAUGCGCAUUAUCACCCGCUUGUCGUGGAGCUUCGGUUCAGCGCCGAGGGACAUCGGUGCUGGGAAAAGGUAAGUAAAUGUUGGGAUUAUAACCUAGGGCAGAGGGGACACGAGGGAGGUGGAAGCGUUGGGGGCGAUAGUGCAAGGAAUACAGCUUUGUAUUCCUGGCACUAUAGUAUCCCUUUAACUUUGAAUUUUCAAAUUGAUAAAUACAAUAUAACGCUGUCCAUCUUCAAACUACAUCUUAUUCUUUUAGUCUCAUUUACUUGGACUUACUCUAAACCUCUCUUGAGAUAUGUUUUUGUUUACUGAGGUUCAGUUGUAUUUACAUUUAAAUAUAAAUGUAUUGUUUACUUUUCAUUAAUAGUGUCUGUGCACGUAAAGUAUUCUACUCACUCCAGUUGGAUUAUUUUCAAUUGUUUGCAUGCUGGUCAUGUUUACAAUGCCUAGCAUGUCGAUUUCUCGUGGUUACAAUCUAUUCAUCAAGCUUGCCAUUUGUGUUUCGACUAGCCAUCUAAUAGUUUUCACAUAGAGAAAUUUGUAAAUAGGCCUUGAGUUGUUAUUCAAAAGUCUGAUGAAUGGAAGACAUUCACACUUCACUUAGCCUUUUUGUUUUAAGUCUGGGGCGCACUCAUUUAAAUAGCACGGCUUUGACAAAAAAAAAAAAAAAUCAAACCUACGUCUUUGCAUAUGAAAUGCAUUCUUCGGCCCUGAAAUCCAUAUAAUUUAUAUUUGUGCACAAUUCUGUAUCAUGCCCCUUUCCCUAUUUAAUUAUGCCUGCAAGACUGGCAUGCAUUGAGCUCAUGUGUAGAUUUUCUCAUGGGUCUAGAUCUAGUAUAGAGAUUUUAAUGCUUUUUUUUUUAGUAGAAUUAACCUGUUAAACUCCACCUUUCCUCGUAAGACGCCUAAAUAUUAUGCGAAAAUCACUUUAUAGUGGCUUCUUGGCAGCUGUUGUUGGAGAGAAGUUUGGCAGAGAGUGACACGAGUUGUGGUCUUGCAGCAAUGAAUUUUGAUAACUGUAUUUCUUUAGAAUAAAAUUAAAUUGUGGCACAAUCUAAUGGGUUACUUCCUCAUAUCGUAGCCAUGUACAGUCCACACUGUGGUUAAAUGGGAACCCUUCUCUGAAAAUGAUACCAUUGCAUAAUACAUUGGAAAUCCACUGUAACUUGUAUUAACUUUUUCAUGUGAUAUUUUGUUUUCUUUUAAAUGUAUUAGAGUCCUGGCACAGUCAAGGCAUACAUUGUAUUGGAGGGUGUGGAAUGGAAACAUUGUUUCUAUUUCUCCUCCUCUCUCUGUGGUGUCUCUUUGCCGAAUAUUUGGCCCAAUGCUUGACAAGGAGUCAAGAUGGAAGAACUCAGGUCCACGUUACAGGUAAAUCCAAUGAUGCGGCUUUUUACAUUUAAUAGUACUUUGCAGACCUCACAAAUACAUGUUUGUUUAAUAUAGAGGAUAAGUAACCAUAAUAAUAAUAAAAAAAAAAAAACCUGGAAAGUGAUGGACCACCUUUAAACGUAUAACGCUCGGCAUUCAGUAUUUUGCAAAGACGAGGAAAAGUGGUGUGAGGCAACUAAUUACCAGGUGUACUAGACCAUAGCAUCUUUUGCCCCCCAUAAACUGCGUCAAAUAAACCCUUGAUAAAUGUAUGUUUCACCAGCAUUGAAAGACAUUUGACUCCGAAGUCCUGACCUCUGCCACAUGUUAAAUAACUGCUGACACAGGAGAGCUUUCUUUGGCUCCUGGGAAACAUGCUUCUGUUUUGAAUAACACCCACCGUUUUGAGCUAUCUCAGAUGGCAUAAAACUGCCUGUAGACAUGGGGAGGGGGUGGGGGGGAAUCUGUGAAUAUUUGUUGAGCUAAAGUUUUGUUUUGUUUUUUCCCCCCCAAGACACUUGGUAAUUUUGUUAAAGGGACACCAUGGUCACCUGAACAACUUUAGCUUAAUGAAGCAGUUUUGGUGUAUAGAACAUGCCCCUGCAGUUUAACUGCUCAAUCCUCUGCCAUUUAGGAGUUAAAUCCCUUUGUUUAUGAACCCUAGUCACACCUCCCUUCAUGUGACUUGCACAGCUUUCCAUAAACACUUCCUGUAAAGAGAGCCCUAUUUAGGCUUUCUUUAUUGCAAGUUCUGUUUAAUUAAGAUUUUCUUAUCCCCUGCUAUGUUAAUAGCUUGCUAGACCCUGCAAGAGCCUCCUGUAUGUGAUUAAAGUUCAAUUUAGAGAUUGAGAUACAAUUAUUUAAGGUAAAUUACAUCUGUUUGAAAGUGAAACCAGUUUUAUUUUUCAUGCAGGCUCUGUCAAUCAUAGCCAGGGGAGGUGUGGCUAGGGCUGCAUAAACAGAAACAAAGUGGUUUAACUCCUAAAUGACAGUGAAUUGAGCAGUGAAAUUGCAGGGGAAUGAUCUAUACACUAAAACUGCUUUAUUUAGCUAAAAUAAUUUAGGUGACUAUAGUGUUCCUUUAAGUUGCUUUAGACAGGAGCGAAGGAAGGAUUCUGGGAACAAUAGUGCUUUCAAUAUGUUAUAUUUGCUGCCGAUCACAUCUCUGCAUCCUACCUUAUAGACCUGUGUUCUAUAUAUAAAAUAUUUUCGUUCUUAAAGGUUGUGCAUUAUCUCUUACUCAGCCCACAUCAAAGCUUACUCUAGAGACCAUACAUUGUGAUUUCAUAACACUUUUAUCUGGUUAAGGGGUUUUGUGGUUUCAACAGUAAGCAUGAGUGAUGAUAUUUUAAAACCUUGAUGGAUGACUUCAUUAUUAGAAUGAUUCAGUAAUUGAGCUAUGUGCAUAUCACUGUCUGUGCUAAUAUCUAAAGCAAAGCACAAUAUGGAAUAAUUUAGUUAUCAUCUAGUGUAAUCACUCCUAGUAAGUUAUAUGUUAAUUGUCUUUCUGCUUGCCAACCUUCUCAAUUAUAGCACAGUUGAAUUUAUGCAACAUUAAUGUGGUCAAAUAUAUUAAAGAGUAAGAUUUGAUAGCUCAUGAAUGAAAUAUAAAUCUAUAUACAUCUAUGCAUGGAUACACUGAUCAGCCACAACAUUAAAACCAUCUGCCUAAUAUCAUGUAGGUUCCCCUCGCUGCCAACACAGAUCUAAUAUGUCGAGGCAUGGACUCCACAAAUCCUCAGAAUGUGUCCUGUGGUUACUGGCACCAAGACAUUAGCAGCAGAUCCCACUAGUUGCAAGAUGGGGCCUCCAUGGAUCUGAUUUGUUGCUCCAGCACAUCCUACAGAUGCUCAAUUGGUUUGCGAUCCGGAACUUGGAAGCCAAGGCAAAACCUUAAACUUUAAUUUUUCUCAAACCAUUCCUGAACAAUUUUUGCAGUGUAAUAUAUAUUCACUGACUGGGUGAUCUACAGAUCAGCAUUUAAUGUAAUUAACUGUAAUCAGUAAUGUAGGUGAGAGGGUCUAGAGUGAGAGUUCAGUAUUAAACGGAGACUCCUAACUGGAGGUGACUUAUUCUCCCUUUACUGCAUUAUAUGAACAAUACAUUGAAAUUGCAUGUGCAAAAAACAGUAAAAACAAACAAAAAACCAGCACAUUUGAAGAACCUGUAUUUGCGACAAAUCCUAGGCUGUACAGGAUCUGCCAUGAGCCAUCAUCAAACUAGGAAGUGUUUCAGACAAUCACGAUUCUCGCUUAAUUUUCUGUUUUGCACUGCUGUUUCUCUCCUUUAACCAAUGCCUUAUGGCACCACAAAGUCUUCUGGGAGUUGUACAUCAAUUAUCUGCUUUCUGAUGUAGAAAGCCAAGAUCUGAAUUUCAAUUUUCAAAAAACAUUGAUUAACAGUCAUGAGUAGUGUGGGCACAAUUUGGGGGGUUAGUGGUUUAGGAAAUGUGUCAAUAAUGAUGAUUUUUCAAGAGUUGGCUAAGAAAAUUCUUGUUUGAGUUUAUAGUGACUGCCAAGGCUAGUGGGAUAUUUUAGGAUUAGUGGCUUAUACCUGUUGUACUGAAAAGGUUAUCUUUGCCAGCUGCCAAUAAAAUGGUGUUAAACUGAUUUAUAGUGUUAUUAUAUGCAAAACGGAUCAGUCCUAUAAAACGCAAACAAACACAGACUCAGUAAAACCAUAUUUUGAUUGGUUGGUUUGAUUGAACCGCACACCAGAUUGUGUCUUUUGUAAGAGGUUUAAUAUGUAGGGCUCUAUGAAUUCUGCCUCUGCUCAGACUGCAAAUGUCUUUAAGACUUACAUUUUUUGUGUGUGUCUGGUGACAGUUCACUUAUUUUCUGCCAAACUCAAUACAUGCUGCCAGAGGGAUUUUGUUUAUGUUUUUUUCCUCCCCACCCCCAGUGUCUUUAAAUAGAGAGCACUGUCUGAAGGAGAAGCAUUCAAACUGGUAUUUUAAAUUGAAUCCACAUUACCGAGACUCCACCGGUGAACAUGGAUAAGCCUGCAGGCCUACUGUAUGCAAAUGAGAUGUAAACAGCUGUACUAAAACUACCUAUUUCUGACUCUUAUGGCAUAGUAAACCAUUAAUCUCCAUCUUGAAAGACAGCAUAGUAAAUCGUUUUAAUAUAAUAAAUCAUUUAUUUAUUUUAUCCGUGAACAUUCCAUUCAAUGUGGAGAGCUUUCUGACCAAUAGGGUUCUUGGUUUGCUAGUGUUUAGAAAGAAUUUAACCCCUUCCUCCCCCUUUAGCCCGGCGAGAGUGAGACCCUGAGGGUGGGGGGGACCCAAAGACCCUAUAGUGCCAGGAAAACAAGUUUGUUUUCCUGGCACUAUAGUGGUCCCUUAACUUAGCCAAGUCAAUAGGAAAAGUAUGGUAUCAGCCCCUGUGAAUUUCCUAGUGAAGGAUGUGAGCAGAUUCAUAUCUACUGUAGCCUCCAGUUCUUUAAGAAGUCCUGCCUCUUUAGGAUAGCCUCCCACCUUCCUGGGUGACUUUGUCCUCCUCAGUUCCCUCACUUGCAUAGCACAGUUCCCUCUCUCUUCUUCCACAAGCCACAUUUACUAGCUUAUGUUGACGAAGAUAUCUUGUCCAAAAAAAAAAGGUUGCCUGUAUACUAUCCCCAAAUCUUCUAUUUUAAUGUGACAAUUCUACUGCACUAGACCAAUAGAAACAUAGAAUGUGACGGCAGAUAAGAACCAUUCGGCCCAUCUAGUCUGCCCAGUUUUCUAAAUAUUUUCAUUAGUCCCUGGCCUUAUCUUAUUGUUAGGAUAGCCUUAUGCCUCUCCCACGCAUGCUUAAACUCCCUCACUAAGUUUACUUUUUUACCAUUUCAGCUGGAAGGCUAUUCCAUGCAUCCACUACCCUCUCAGUAAAGUAAUACUUCCUGAUAUUAUUUUUAAACCUUUGCAACUUUAAUACAAGACUAAUUUAGGUGCCUUGGAUAGGAGAAAGGUAAGUUCAAAUAUGAGUGUUUGUUUGCCAAAAUUUGUUUUACAGUUAACAAAUAUUGUAUCUUUGACCGUUAAAUUGGGAUUUAGGCAAGUGGGCCUGGAUCAUGGCUUGUUUGGAAAGUAUUUGUAUCCUCUUGUCUGAUCUUUUCUGGUCUUGUGUUUUUGCUCGUCAGUCUAUUUUACUUUUCCCCCCUUUUAAAUAAAGGGUUUACACAUGGUAAUAAUUUUGCCAGGUUUGUGUAAUUCAUCUUGCCUCCUGAAUGUGUAAGACAGCCAGAAUGUGCAGAAUAAGCAGAAAUGUUAGUCGAAUUGAAUCAAAAUAUUCAGCUUCUUGUGAUUUAUGUCUCUAGAGACCGUAGUUCAAAUCAUUGCCAGAGAACGUUUUCUGCAAGUGAAAAUCUAUUUGUUUGAUUAUGAUCCUUUUGGGAUAGAAACACAAAAUAAGCACUCAUGUUGUCCAGAAUUAUGUAUUUUAUUAUUAUGCACCAAAGGUUCAGUCAUGUUUGGCUUGCUUUGUGCAUAGUGCAAGUUCUAUUUUUGUUUUAUGUUUCUAUCGUAUAGACAGGUCAUUCUUUUAAAAGUGAUAAAUACCAUCAACCUCAACUGCAACAAUGGGGAAAAAUUUUUUUUAUUGAGGGGAAAUUAAUUUUGUGCAAUGACACGUAUGAAAUCUGCCCAGUUACUUCAGCCAAGAGUGUCCUUUUAAUAGCUAUCUGCCCAUCCAGUCGGCCUUAUCUAUAUUGGUUCUUGAUUUUGUAUCAUAAUUCACCUAAACCAUGGUGGGGGAACCCUACUGUUUAUAGCUUGAAAAACAAUUUGAUUUUACUGUACUUAAAGCUUAAAAAACAAUUUGACGAAUCAUGGAUGUAGUAAUUUUAAUCUCUCUAAUGCCUAACAUCUAACCCAUCUAUAUGAAUUACAAAUUUAAUACCAACUUAGCCGAUCUAAAAGCAUAAUUAGUCAUUUAUUUUGGGGCAUAUUAUUACAAUAUUAUGAGUGGGGGAAACUUAACAAUAAAUGAGACCAUUACAAAAUGUUAUAGGAACAAUACGUUGAUGAGGACCCUGCUCAAAUGAACUUACAGUCUAGAGGAGAAGGGGUAAAAAACACAAAAGGAAGGGCAUCGAGGGGGGACAGCAACCAAACACCAAGAUGGGAAAGUAGCAGAACUGUAAGGUGAUGAAGUCAUCUGUGAAUCUUGGAAUUGUGGGAGUAUGAACUAAUGAGAGAGGAAAACUAUGAUUGGUUAACAAGGGUUAAACGCAAGAUGAAUUUAUAAUGGAGAAGGUCUGACACGGUUCAAGUCUUCCUCCAACAGCAUUUGGCUGAACCGGAGCAUCUCUGCAGGUAGCAGAUUAACUUAGUGUGCCAUGGUUGGAGGCGCAUCCUCGUUGAGGUGUAUAUUUGGAGUGGGGCUGCACCAUCUAGGGCAAAGGUGAGGGUAGUGUUCUAUCAGUAGAUAUCCAGAGAGGGACAUGAGAAGGUUGGGAUGGAUGAGAGUUGAGAACAGACAUCAGCUAAAAGUAUCUGGAGGUCAAGAAAAUUCUGGUUCCUCUUGAGUUGAGGAAGGUUAGGCUGAGAAUGUUGGGUGAGGGGGCUCUCAAAAACGAAUGAUAAGAGGUGGUGAUCUGAGGAAACGGAGUGUUACAGAGAUUAGACACUGUGCAUGCAUCUGAAAAAAUAAGGUCGAGGGUAUUGCCAGAUACAUGAAAAUGUUUCCAGUUUGGCUAUACUGACCUUAAUUUUGAAAUUCACAUUGAAUUCUCACUUUGGUGAAUUAACCUGCAGGUUUUGAUCACGAACUGCUAAGAUUUUGCCUUUAUUCCAUAACUAUCCUGAUCCCUGGCCAUGACAAUAUCCUAAAAACAAGGCGAUGGAAAAAAAAAUUAACUGCCAAGUUGCCCUUUCUGGGUAAAAAAAAUCUCACUGGGUUUCCUGUUUUAGGAAAAAAAAAAAGUAACAUUUAAAGUUAACGUGUUAGCAGGCAGAUGCUGCAAAUAAAAUGGCCAUGUGGCAGAGUGCUGGGAAUCUCAGGCUAAUGUGUUACAAGGGGACAUGACGAGUAUAGUGAAAUUGAAUCCCUCCCAUUUUAUCACAGUUAAGCUUCUGUGGGUUAUUUUUGUUACUAGUGAGCAGGACACGGUCACGGAAAGGUUCUACCUCCUCUCUCUAAGUCACAGUCUUGGUAUUCUUAAUAACAAAGUUAUUGCCAAUGCCACUUUUGGAAUUUAACAUAAGGAAGCAGGCCUAAAUGAAUAUUGUUUGGUGUUGUAAAGGGAGAAUGUGUGUGUGUUCGUUUGUGUGAUGGCUUUGUUUUUUAAUGCAUUAUAUUCUAUGUGCAGCUUUCCCCAUGUGGUUGUGAUAUGUUGCUGUAGCGAGGACUGACAUGCUGCUGUGCAUAUUUAUGGGUAAGGGGGAGUAUGCUGGUCUCGUUUCACAUUGAGCUGGGCUGGUGACAUGAUGAGAGGAUUCCAGUUAUGUAAAAUAAUGACGUUUGAUACACUGAAUUUAAAGGGACACUCCAGUGCCAGGAAAACAAGUUGUUUUCCUGGGACUGCAUGUCCCCUCUCCCUCCCACCCCCCAUCCCAUGUUGCUGAAGGGGUGAAAACCCCUUCAGUGAUUUACCUGAGACCACCGCCGAUGUCCCUCGGUGGUGGUUUAGGGUCCGUCCACGCUCCUCCCCCGCCGACGUUUGCUGGCUGGGGAGACUGAUUGCACAUGCGAGGCCACCGGCGGGAUGAGACCGAAUGCACGCACAUUAGACCUCCCCGUAUGAAAGCAUUGAAAAUGAAAUAUAGCGUGAGGACGUCCAGCGACGCUAUAGGACAGAAAACCUGUGCUAUAGACCAGGAAGUGCCCUCUAGUGGUUGUCUAGAAGAAACAUGUUUGUGUUCCUGACCCUAUAGUGAUCCUUUAAUUCUACUUUGUGGGAUGUCCUCUAAACAUUGAGGAUUCUAUUUUGUAAUGAUUGUAACCUUGUUUUGUGUAAAUUAAUUUUACCAGAAUUUAUUGAAGCAUAGUGAAUUAAAAAAAAAUUUUUUUACAAUGAAAACAUAGACAUUUUAAAUAUUAAUUUAAACUUUUACGCUAAAAAUAAUGUGAUAUUCUUCAAAUUAUUAUUUGUUUGUGAUUAUAAUAAUCAUAACAAGGCACUGUGUAAUUCUCCUGACUGACCCCUGCCAAAUGUAAGUGUAUAAUAUUAUAAUUUUCUCUUCUCCAAUUGCCACAGUGAUGGCUGAUUAAGCAAUGGAAUGUGCUCAAAUAUAUGAUUAAUAAUAUGGAAGUCCAGAAAGGGCAAUGGGAGGAGGACAUUUCUGACACAGAACACUGUGCUGCCUGUCACCACCAGUUUUAAUAACCCCUACCACACAUACUAACCAUCUUUUUUUUACAGUGCCCAGUCACUGUAGAGCUGAGACCCAAGACACUCAUGCUGUAGCUAGUUGAAACAUUGUAAAUAUUCAAAUUGCAGGACUGGGGCUGUGACUCAGAGGACUGAUCUGUUUUGAAUUUCAAUGUGUUUUAAUCUGUAAAGAUUGUUGAUUCUGUUAACCAUGUCAGUUACUGCUGGGCCCCAUAUGCCAAUGCAGCAUAAUUGUAUUGCCAGCUGCAAAGGUAAUAAGAAAUCUAUCAGUAUCUUAAUGCUUUAGCCAUGUGCACACUAUGUGCUGAGAGGUAAUGGAGUAGCUGACAUAACAGCAAAAAAAAUAAAAAACUAGAAAGCCAAAGUUAUCAUAGCAGGAGCCCUAUUGAAGAUGAGAUCAUGAGAGGGAGAGCUAUGAGAGGGCUAGGGUGAUAGACAGAGAGAGAGAGAUGGAGCAUUAUACAGAGACAUGCACUGCGUGGGUAUUGUGUGGGAUAGUUGUGUUAUCUCGUUAUCUCGUGCCCAGCUCUGUGUGUUAUUUCUUUGUAUUUUACUCAGCUCUGUAUAUUGUAUAGGUAUCUCUGUAGUCUACUCAGCUCUGUAUAUUGUAUAGGUAUAUUUGUAUUAUACCCAGCUCUGUGUAUUAAAUGUCUAUUUUUUUUCUCAGCUGUGUUUGUGGCAUGGUUAUCUCUAUUUUAUAGACAUCUUUCAUAUCUAUAGAUAUGUUGUGCCCAGCUUGUUUUAUUGUAUGAGCAUCUGUAUUAUGCUAAGCUCUCUGUAUUGUAUGAGCAUCUCUGUACUCUAUCGGGAGGAAUACGACUCUGGGGGAGGAGUCUGGUGCCCCACCAUUGUAAAACUUCACCAGCCGCCAAUGAUUGUGAUAUAUAAAUCUUUGCUUUAACAUUUUUUUCUUUCUUAAUAGGUCAUCACACAAUGAGCUAGAAAAACACAGGUGAGCUGUUUUGUACUAAUUGGGUUCUUGUUUUAAUUCUCAGCAGGUAUUUUAGGAUUAGGGAGUACCUGGCUUUGAUGGGCUGUGCAUGGUAACUCCCAUGAUUCCCAGCCAGGGGAUUGCCCACAUUAGUUUGAGGGCAGGUGCUCCCUGAGCUUAAAUCCCAUCCAGUAAGUUAUGUAUCUUCAGGAUUCACAGUUCUGGAGGUGCUUUAAUUCUAUUUAAGUCAUUAUAGGGUCUAUUUACCAAUUGCUUUUAAACUCAUAAUAGGUCAAGGUUAUGAAGAUCAAGUUUGAUUUUUUUUCUUUAAUUGAGUUUGACUUUGAGCAGUUGCAGACCAGGUUGAAUAGCUAACUGUGAGUAAUCUUAAUUACUUUCACUGACUGCAUUUAAGAGAUGUUAUUUCUAAGAGAUCAGUGACUUAUCACCUCCCACUGAUCAGACACGUAUGAUGGGAUAUAAAAUUGGCAUGUAGGUUCCAUGCUGAAAACAUAUGCGGUGUGGUCAGCUAUAUGCCUCUCACUUCUUAUAGCAGUCGUUUGAUGUUAUUACUGGCCUAUUUUUACACAUUCACUGCAAGAUCUUAUGAAGGCUUUAGUUAUCACAUUUGUUAUCUUUCUCAAUUUCUUCAAAGAGCGGUAUUUUUAAGUAAGAGCUUUAAGCUGAAGCGUCUUGUCCAAAAUAGUUCUCGGUACUAGAUCUCUUUGAUUCUGGCUCAUUCCAUGCCAUGUGUGACUCGUCUGGCCUCUGCAGUAAAUGCUGAAGGCUGUGUUUCUCUUUCUCAAAAAAAUAAAAUUAAAAAAAAUACAUUGAUUUAGUGAGCAUUAUCGUGCCAGUUGACUUCCCCUUUUUGACUCUUAAGGGUUAGAUGGAAACACUUAAAGGAACUCUAUAGUGUUGGGAAUAUAAGCAUGAAUUCCUAACUCUAUAGUCCUGGAGUGAGUUUUUAGGUUUCAGGCCUACUCAGAUUGCUUACAUUUUCUCCCUAACUGCGCUGGUCUUGCUCGGAUGGCCCCACCUCCAAAAGGAAAGCAUUGCAAGGUCCUUGUGCAUGCAUGGCAAAAUGCAGCGCUGCACCAGUCAGCAUCUUCUCAUAGAGAUGCAUUGAAUCUAUGUGGUGCGUUCAGCAUCUCUAUGAGAUAGGAAGCAUCUUUAGUGGCCGUCUGAGUGACUAGGUGUUUCUCUGAAAAGGCAAUGUUUACGUUGAAAAGUUUCCAUGUACAGGCUAUAGACACUGGAACCACUACAGCUGUAGGGGUUCUGGUGACUAUAGUGUCCCGUUAAAUAAAAAGAAAAAAAAGGAAUGCUAUAAAUUUAAACAUUUUGUAAUGUGUCCCCUUGGAUAUGUGCUGGUUCACUGCACGUCACAAAAGCUAAAAUAGCUACUGUUUGUAGAUUAUUUGUAAACUUCUUCCAUGUUCUUGUGGAAACGUUCUGGUAUUUACUAGAUUUAGACUUGUAAAGAAGUUUGUGAUCUUUGUGACUGCUAUUUGAAACUAAACUUAACGUACACCGUCUGCCUUUACAUGAUCCCAUGACUGGCUGUAUGCACUCAUGUACUGAAUGUGGCUGACGUGGACCCAUAAUGUUAAAUAAUUUACAGUAAUGAGACCUGAUUAUAAAUUUUAUUCUAAAAUUCAAGAAUUGCUUGCUGAUGGAAUAGUUCUGUUUAUAAUUGAACCAAUAUGGUACUCAUUCUGUUUUACUUUAAAACUAAUAUACUUUUUUAAUUCUAUACACAAUGCUGUCAAUUAAGGUCCACUGUUCGAAAAUGCACAGAGGAGCACAAAAACAAGCAUGAGAAUUGCACUCGUAAAAAAAAAAAUAAAAAAAAAUCUCUAUGUCAAAAAUACAAAUUUUACCAAUCCAUCACUGAUAAGAGAUAUUCUCACAAAUGUCACAAAGAAAAAGCAGUUCUAUGUGGAGGAGUUGCUAAAAUACCCUCAUAGGGUUUCCCUGAAGACAAUAGUGGUUUUUUUUUUAAGAGCCGAUAACACAGAGUGCCCAAAAAUGUGCAAUAAUGCAGGAAAUCAGACAUGAGUCAGAUUUUUUGCCAACCCUGCAUACCUGCUUUUUUAUUUUCAAUAGUUGAACUGGUAAAAGUGUUAUUUAUUGUUAAAUCCACUUAUUGCAAUUCAUAAACGACAGACAUAAUGCAAAUAAUCUAAAAAUUCUUCUGUAUUUUUUGUUUUCCAGGCGAGCAAAACUACGACUAUACUUGGAGCAGCUUAAACAACUAGUGCCACUUGGGCCAGAUAGCAACAGACAUACCACUUUAAGCCUCUUAAAAAGAGCAAAAAUGCACAUCAAGGUAAGUUCUGUACUCCGUACUAUCAAAUGUCCAUAUUUGUUUUUUUUCCAUAUUCUUAUGUAAUUUAAAAAGUAAUUGAUAUUGUAUUUUGUGUUCUGCACAUUUUAAAUUCUCUAGAGAUGUUGGUCACCAAUGAUACAUAAAUAGAACCCAGUGUACAGGGCUUGCUUUUUAGCAUGCUACACACAUUAGUUAUUUUGCACAUUCAUUAAUUUUUAUUUUCUGUUGAUUCUUUUAACUUUUUUAUUUUAUUUGUUUAGAAACUAGAAGAACAGGACCGAAAAGCACUUAAUAUUAAGGAGCAGCUUCAGAGAGAACAUCGCUACCUCAAGUGCCGUUUAGAGCAGUUGUCUGUCCAUGGGAUGGAGCGAAUGCGGACAGAUAGUAUGGGCUCCAUCAUGUCUACUGACUCGGAGCAAGGUGAGAAAGAUGUGUGCAUUCUCCAGGGUCUAGAAAUAUUACACUCUCUCUCUGGAGAAGUGUAUCUGUAUUUUACUUUCUUUUCUUUUUUUUUAAAUUUUCUUUAUCCUUUGUAACCCACCACUGUCAUUGUUGGAGGCAUUAACAUGCAUCUUAAGGGCAAUUUGUUAAUUUCAUGAAAGCAUUUUGCAAUGAGUAUAAAUUGGAAGAUGAUACGUUUGGUUUUUGAGAGGUUACUUGUAGGUUGCUGUGAGGCAUUCCAUGAAGAGACGGGACAUGUGCUGUUGUAAUGUUAGAUGGGAGAACGGAUCAAAGAUAAGGAGAGUGAAGAUCCAAGUUAGGGAUUAUCAGCCGAAAACCUUGCCUUGCAAUUACUGUGGUUGCAACAGCACCACUCUGGGUCAAAACUCUUUUUUACAGGCAUGGUCAAGCCAGAUGCAGCUGUUUCCAUUCUCUGCUUGGUUCUGGGUAAGACUCUAUCUUGCAAAUAUUGGGCUUGUUUCCAUGCUUUUCUAAAUUAUUUAGCGACAAAUUUGUAAGUGCUAAAAUGACUCUCACUACAGAUUGCAAUUUCAAGCUGUUUUGAUGUUCAUUUUUAAUGGCUAGUAAUUAACAGCUACUGAAGGAUUUCACAUCUUCCAUAGAAAUUAAUAGGCAGUUUUAACUGCUGCUCUAUUUAUUAGAUGCUAAAAAUUACCACCAAGAUGCAUUCAGUUACUAACUCACUCAACUUUACACCGGCUUCAGCUAGCUCCAAUGUGGAAAAGCUAUGUUGCCAAUCACAAUUUCAUAAUGUAGCCUGUAGAGGAAAAAAAACACGAGUCUAUUCUGUUUAAGUGUAUUUCCAUACACCUAACUUACACACCAAUCUAUACGUACAGCGUGUGCAAGUUAGGUGUAUGGAAAUACUAAAGGCAACUUGCUCAGAUGAUCGUAAGUAAAAACUGUCAACCGAGACAGAAUGAACUCCAACAUCAUCAUGAUUCUCCUUGAAGAGCCGCCUGAUUGGCAAAAUGAUUGUCUCCCUGCUGGUCUCUAUAGUUUGGAACACACUUUUUUUUUUGGGUGAAUCUCAUGAUUGUUUUUUUUAUUUUUUUCAGCACAUUUGGAUUUGAAUUAUUACUUUUUUGUCUAUCUCUCUUAUAUAUUUAGGCAGUUUGUCAUGUAGGGAAAUCUUAAAGGACCACUCUAGGCACCCAGACCACUUCAGCUUAAUGAAGUGGUCUGGGUGCCAGGUCCAACUAGGGUUAACCCAUUUUUUUUAUAAACAUAGCAGUUUCAGAGAAACUGCUAUGGUUAUAAAUGGGUUAAUCCAGCCUCUAAAGCCUCUAGCGACUGUCUCAUUGACAGCCGCUAGAGGCGCUUGCGUGAUUCUCACUGUGAAAAUCACAGUGAGAGCACGCAAGCGUCCAUAGGAAAGCAUUGUAAAUGCUUUCCUAUGCGACCGGCUGAAUGCGCACAGCUCUUGCCGCGCGUGCGCAUUCAGCCGAAUGGGCGGAGAGGAGGAGGAUCGGAAGAGGAGAGCUCCCCGCCCAGUGCUGGAAAAAGGUAAGUUUUUACCCCUUUCCCCUUUCCAGAGCCGGGCGGGAGGGGAACCCUGAGGGUGGGGACCCCCUCAGGGCACUAUAGUGCCAGGAAAACGAGUAUGUUUUCCUGGCACUAUAGUGGUCCUUUAAUUAGUGCAGUCUAAAUGUAACACUAGUUUAGCCACAGUAUAGGUUUCCCUCAAGGGCACAAACAGGUACGAAUAGCUAGAGACUUAUCUCCUAGGACUCUUUCUAUACCUGUUUUUCUAAGUUUUCUAGCUUAUCUACCUUUCUAACAAAAUAAUUUUUCUUCUAUGUUUUUGGCAUCUAAAUGAACUGAUGUGAGAAGAGAUUUAUAAUACACUUAUAUAAUACAGUACUGCUCCAUUUUUCUUUUUCUAGUCAUGGUGAUUCUGUUUUGUUUUGUGGAUUUGCUCCAUGUUUUUAUAGAAAGGAGUAUUACAUGAUAUAAUAGUAUUUAAUCCAUGUGUUUUUUUCCUUUUUUUUUUUCCUCUAGAAGUAGACAUUGAAAGCAUGGAGUUUACACCAGGGGAAAUGGACAGUAUCGGAAGUGCCAGUGAUGUGGAAGACCACUACAGUUUGCAAAGUGGCUCCAGUGAUGGGAGUUUUACACAUUCCCUGAGACUCAAUUCCAGGUUGUCAUAGUGGUCAAAAUACUGAACCAACUCAGGACCAUCCAGCUGAAGGCACUUAAGAGAAAACAAAUGAAUACAAAAAAACUUAAAAAAAAAAAAAGAAUACCAAGUCACAAAUAUGCCAACCUCCGCUCAGCUUGAUUCUCAAUUUAAAAAAAUGAACUCCUGUCAUUGUUUGUCCCCUCAAAGACACCAACUCGGGCUGCACUUUGACAAUGAGGGGACAAUAUGAAAUCAAAGUUUUAAAAUUAUUUACAGAAGAAGGUUAAAACGCAAUGAAACCCAUUUUGUUUUAAGCAUAUCAUUCCAUUAUUAAGUAUUACAUGGAAACACAGGAAAGUGCAAGUCAGAUAUCUUUCAUUAUCCAACAACAGGUUAGUUUUGAAAAUGAAGAAGAAUUUAUACGCCGGGCAAUUUUCAUAGUAAAUAACCCUAAUUUUUUUUUUUUUUUUUGUGAACAGAUAAAGUGCUGAAUUUGGGAACGUCUAUAUUUUUUAGCAUUAUGUUCUGGGGAGAGAAGGAGAGAAAUAUUGUAGGAUUUUUUUUAUAUCUGAAGUUGAUCUUCGGUAGGAGAGCUCAAAAAAGUCUGUACUGUACAAGGGUUUGGGAUAAAGGCCUACUCUAUAUAUGACUUCAAAUGACAGCAUGGUCUCCUCCUUUUGCACUGAAUUUUUCACUUGUAAUUGGCCAGAGAUACAUCGCUGUAUAAUGCUUUAUUGGUUACUCCUGCUGAACAGCAGCUUCUACAUUAUGCUGAAUAACAUUACACACUUUCAAACUUCACUAAAAAGUUUCUUUGAUGAAGGAACAAAGUAUAACAUAUAUUUGAUGAAAACUAGCAUUAAAAAAUGUAAUGAUAUUUAGGGAUACCCUCAAGAGUUCUAAACCAUUACAUUCACAGAAUGCAAAGGUUUACAUUUAUAAUUCCUUUGCAGGAAAAGCGUGUUGGGCUCCAUACAAUGCGAGACAUUUAUGUGAUCACUUGUCUUGCCAUCUUUCUGACAGGUUCAGAAAUAAUACAGGACUCGAAUUUAACCACAUAUGCAUGACUUUAGCCCAGAAGCUGUAUUUACUUUGUGUAUGAUGCUGGCAUACUUUAUUUUUUUAUUGUAUUGUGCCGCAGUUUUGGGAAUCUGCAUUCCCUAAGCACCAGCAGGUUAAUAUAAUUACCCGGGAGCAAGGUAUUCAAGCACAAAUUUUAUAUUUCCAUUGUCACACCUACAGUAUGUUUUAAAAUUGAUAUUGUGAUCAAUUGUUGUAAAAUUGAUCCAGGGAUCAGUUUCAAGGCAAAUAAAUACAUAGAACCUACAGUAAAUCUAAUGGUAGUAAUCAUAACUGGCACUCCCAUAUUUCUGCAAAGGACAAAUAAGUAUUUUUAUAUCUGUAAAUGUACCUUUACAGUUGCCUAGAAAUUCGUUUAAAUGUUAUUUUAUUAAUACAGUGAAGGAUACAAACAUAAAUAAUAACAUAAACAUGUAACCACUCUUAUAUACAAGUGAACUGUUGAGCAUACUACGCUGCUUGGAUAUAUUAACUAUCGAUUAAUUGACAAAACAUUCUUGAUUGACUCUCAUGGGUAUAAGAACCUAUGAUAGAUUUCAUAUAAGUAAUGCUUCCUAAAUCGUAAAGUGUGUAUUGUCAGUCUGCAUAAUUAUGUAAUGUAGUUCAUAUGAGAGCGUUAUAUGUCUGUGCCUUGUAAUAUAUAUAUUUUGUUUUUGACAUUUUGUAGAAAACCCAAAUUUUCUCAAACACUGUGUGGAUUAGGGAUAGACUUUGCAGUACCUUCUGGGAGGAUAUAGCUUGUUCAAGCCUGCUCUCUACUAACAAGUGGCAACCUCGGGUACUGUGGACUACAACCUUCUCUCUGAGCCUCGUCAUACCUGGGAACUUACUGUGCUCUACCUGGAAUUUGGGUACCUCCAUAUUAAACGCCACAAUGAUGUGUCUCUCUACCUACUUCCUUCAUCACUCAUCCUUAGAAUGUAACAUUUCAGCUUUACUGAAAUGAGUUGCUCCAAACCCAUUCCCCAUUUUGUAAGAGGAACUUCAAACAAAGUAAAUAUGACAAUUCCCAGGUAUGAACAAAGUGGCGGUUCUAGACCACAGCAGCUGUUGGGUUUAUUGUCUGCCUUAGAUUCUCCUUGUCAACAUGAAUGCUCUGACUCUGCCAUAGUGAACUAAUAGCAGGGCCUGUUUUGGCAAAAUCUCUUCUCACUUUCAACAUAAGUAAGAUGAGUCUGCCAUUUUGCUUGUUUUUGGUUUUAGUCUUGUAACGCUACCACUGCAUCUUAUUGAAGGCAUGGCUUCCAGCAUAUUUCAUUGUGUUUCCUCGGCACACUAGAAAAAUAUACAUUUUAACGUCUAGAAUGAAAAACAAAAAAACAAAAAAAGUAGGAAAAAAAAAUUGAUGCUGUGAAACGGCACUGUUUAUUUUGUAUACUUUAAAUCUGUAUCUAUGACAGUUGUAGCAAUACUAUGAAGUUGUAGUUUAGUUUUUAUGUAUAACAGCCUCUUUUCUCUUGUGAAGUCUGUUAGAGCAAGGCUCUAUGGUGAAAUGGUCUGUCACCUUUACAGUGUGAAUGUAGCAUAUAUAAACCAUGAUCAAUGCAAUAGGUGCUAUGGACAGAGAGCAUUCGAGGUGCAACACACAAAACUGAUAGAAUGUUCGUGCUACUUGCUCUUCUUUGAUCAAUUUGCCCUAGAGAUGCUCUUUGUACAUAACCCCUGUUAUACUAACAAAAUGUUACUGAGCCCUCUUUGUGAAGUCACAACACAGCCCAUUCUGCAAAUUGUGAUAACUGAUUUGCAUAUGAGGGUCACAGGAUGUGUCACAAAGUGUAUGGUUAGCACAUGUAAACAUUUUUCGUCUGCUUUCAAUUCUGCUAGUUUAUAAAUAAUGUUUUUUAAUGGUCUUCAUAUCUAUGUGAAACACUGUUAAGGAGACAGUUGUUUAAGGGGAAUGCAAUUACUUGCAUUCAAUCUGUUGCCAGAAUUGCCUUUUGACACAUUCUUAGCUUAUUCUAUUAAAAGGGGCCUGUGAUCGGGCUCUAUAGCAUAGAAUGGUUAAAAGUAUUUGUUGAAACAAACAAAAAUGAAAAUAGAAGCUAAGGCACUUUUCUAAUAAGUGGAUUUAGCAGGUAUGAUCUAUAUUUCCUGUAAAAGAUUUUGUAUUAUAUUUUUCCUAAAUGUUCUAAUUUUAUUGGGGGGCAGGCAGGGAAGGGUCAUGCAGGGUAUGGAAUGGAUCCAAACAAGAGUCUCAGGGACUCUCCUUUUUUUUUCUUUCCUUUCUUUUUUUUUUCUCAUCAUAUUGUGCCUUGGUAUCCAUUUUCGUAUGCCUCUCAAAUUGUAUUUUUGUAUAUUUCUGUCAGACCUUUUCCGACUGUGUAUUUAUAUUGGGCCGUAGUUUUACCUUUUCUUUUGCCAGUCGUAACAUAAUGUCCCACAAGAGAAAUUCACAUCACAGUUUCUCUUUUACUUGCUAGUUGUCCUGAAAAGGUUCUUUUCAGAGUACUGGUUGCCAAAAGUCACUAAGAGUCAAAGAAUUGGAAAAAAUGAAGGGUUGGUCAAAUUUGACAACUGGAGAACUUUUCAAGUUAUAGUAAAGGCAUAUUGGAGUGACCUGUUUUAGUUCAGAAUCCACAAUUCACUCUGUAACAUAAGGGUUGUGUUAUUGGUUGACAUUACUGAGGUGUUGUUUCACUGCCAGUCCCAAUAAGUCAGAUAUGGGCAAACUGUACCUGUAUGGCGAACAGCUUGCAUUCUCAUAAUGGAUUGUGGAUCACCUAUGGUCACCUAUUUCAUUGUAGAUGCUCUAAUUUUCAGGUGCCUGGUAUUUAAUAUUUUAAAUAUUCCAACUUAGUAAGGUGCCACAUUUUGGGCUAGUCCAUAGAACUCCCUAGUGUUUUUGUUGGUUAAAGUGUAACACGUCCAAAUCCGCUACCAAAUGGUAUCUUCCCAUACAUCUGCUUUGUGAUGAUUAGAGGUUUGAAGUUGUAGCCCUGUAUGUCAUCGUUGUACAGUUUGAUGAGCUCGACUAUAAGCAACCACGCUGCCAAUGGAAAAGCAGUGGAAUAAAGUCCAUUCUUAGAAUUCAUUAGCACUGCCACUUAAAAAAUAAAACAAGUAUGUGACUAGGAUAAGAAGCAAAACUAUAAAGCCCAAGAAAAUAGCACAAUUAUGUUUUUGUAAAAAGAGAAGAAAAAAGAAUUGUGUAUGUAUCUGCAAAAAUGUAGUUAAAAUGUAUUCAGAUAAUUUGUUGAAUGCUACACAAUGCACAGUGUAGCUUGAUCCUUGUUUAAAACAAUGACACAGAUUAACCUUUUCAGCAUUUCAUAUCUGGUAUUUGUGUGAUAUCUCAGAAACCCAGUGCUAAGUAUGGAAAAAUUGACUAUAUUUAUAUGGCAGCUCAAGAUCAUUUGCACUUUCAUGAGCUUUGACCUUGCCAACAGCAGAAGAAAAACCUACACCUUUACUUGUAUAUCGACAUUAAUAUAGAAUUGUGUAUUUUUUUUUUUUUUUGUUUUGUUUUCUUCUAUACUAGUGUUUCAGUCACAUGACCUUGUUUGUGAUUCACCUCCAAGCUAUCUAAAAGGGGUGUGAAGUCCCUACAUUGGCAGCUGACCAAUCUCAUUUUUAGUGAUUGUGCUAAAGGGAUUGGUAAUCUCCUUUUUUUUUUUUAUAAGGUCCUGGUGUUUAUGUUAAAACAUCUUGCUUAUUAUUAUAAGUACCUCUUUAAAGGGGAAUUGAGCAAUAUUUGAUUGUGUCUAAGCAGAAAUCACUAGUUCGGCUUUGGUGCUCAAUGUUCAUAUUUGAUAACUGGUGCAAUUUGGCAGUGAUUGCUAAGCUUUACACUACUGAUGUUCUCGAUUUACAUUUUCCGUAAAGGCUGGCUAUGCAUCAUGGGGAAUGUAGUCCACAAACAUCCACCGUGCCAAGAUUAGCCGUCACUAGACCGUAUCGAGCGAGAUAGACGGCUUUACUCAUUAUCCGUGUAACAUGCAGAAACUUGAUGAACAUUUUUUUUAUCGUUUUAUUCAGUUUAAAAACAGAUCUUGUACAAAAAUCAUCUGAAAAUGGUCUGAACAUUCACUAGGAAUUUCAAUUUCUAAAUAAAUCAAAUUAUUGCACUAUUGCAAGUGAAAAUGUAUUCAUUUUUAUGGGUAAAAAAUACACGUUUUAAGUUCUUCCAGGGAAUGUAACUGCAUAUUCUGCAUUUCAUGCUUUACUAGAAAAAAAAGAAUAGGUGAACUUAUUACGGAGAAGCCUUUAAAAAAAAUAAAAAAAAAAUAAAUUAAAUAAACAGUACGCAAAACAUUCCAUUUGUGAUAGCACCAUACUUACACUUCAUACAUCUACAUUUCUAUGCAAGUUACAGAGAUUUUUUACUGCCCGUAUAUAUGUAUGGAUCAAGUUUGCUGACAUAAUCAUUACAAAUUAGCAUAGACUUUGUGGGAUCAAUUAAGCAACUGUAUCCAGGGGAAGGGCUGUAGUCCUGCCGAUUGAUAUUGUUUUUCCACCAAGAAACAGUGUACUUUUUAACUUCGUACCAGCUCUCUGAGAAAAUAGUUCUAAAACCCCCAAUUCAUAGUGUGCCUCUCAGUCACUAAAAUGCUCAAUAGCAGUGUUAGUCUGUGACAGCUAUCAGUUAAAAAAAAUAAGGUACUGUUAACUUUUAGUUAUUGUCAGACGGAUAUGUAAAAUCGUUCCAUCUUGUAUUGUUAAUGUCAAUUUCUUAUUGUGUUGUAACAUUUUGUCAUACUUAUCACAGAUAUUUCAGCUGUAAACAUAGAACUUACUGUUUUUGUUACUGGUUUUUGCAAAUUAUAUUUUACUGCAGCUUUGUGACACAAAAUGUUUCUAAUCCGUAUUUUCAUGUUUAUUCCACCAAAGGUCAUAUAGGUAAUAAUCCUUUAUGGGUUUUAUGCAUUUAACUAGGAAACGUGGUUUAACGAGGGAAUUGCUAAUUCAACGCAAAAAUGUGGAAUUGUAGUUUCUGUGCAAUGUUUUGCAAAGGCGCCAAAUCAGGUUUACGUAGGUCCCCGUCCACACCUUAGGAGCCAUUAUAUAAUUUAGGAAAUGUCUAUAUUUAACCAUAAUAAAUGACAUCUAAUAAAACAAAAAAAAAUCACUACCAUUUAGAGAUAAGUGUUGCAUACUUAUCCUAUUUAACGUGUCGUAAUUUUAAUUUAGUAACACAGAAUAGAAAAUCUGUAGUAGAGCGGAUCAUUAGACUUUUAGUACAUUGAUUUCUGCAGAGCAUAUGGGCUCCCACUGUAUGCUGACAUUUUCAUAAGACUGUCUUGUGACAGGUUCAACCUCACCAGUAAUAGCUACUGAUACAUAUCACCGAAACAGUGAUCACUACUGCAAAGACGAAAAUACAGAAACCUCUCCAGUUGUUGUCAUAUAACAUAUAGCAAUAGUAUUAAGUGUAUGUUCCCCAACACGUUACUUGAAUUGAGUGUACCCAUCAAAUAAUAGGAUUGCAAUAUUCACCUUGUGUCUUCUUGCCGUGGUAUAGUCACUGCUCAGUUUUUAGUGUAGAAAACUAGCUCACGUGUCAAGCAGUAUUUAAAUGUGGCUUUGGUUAGUAACUUUCCAGAAAGUGAUGUUGCUGUAUAUAUAUAUCCGACCUGGUCUCUAGUGCCCCUUGUCAGAACCUGAUAGGACAAUGGACUCCCAGAUGGGUUCUUGACCAAUCUAUGUGUAUGAUGCAAAAAGUAAUUCACAAACAUCAGGGAGUCCAAGUUAGCCAUCAGAAAUAAACUUGUAGCCUUGUCAAAUGCUUUUUGAUGUUUCAUUUGGUUGUAGAGCCUUGCCCCCAGUUAUUACCUUAAUGAACAUUCUUUGAUUACUGAGUUGGCCGUUUGUCAGUGAAUUUGGACCUCAAUUAAUAAAGGGAACAUUUUGUGGCCAAACUGUACAGUGCAUUAAUUCUAAGUGUAUAUAUUUUUGUAUACACAUUGUUUUUUAUAUGCCAAAUACAACAUGAUUUCUCUCAUAGAAAUAUCAGAAUGGCAUUGACUUUUAUAUUUGUAACAUCAGUAUCUCUCUUGAUUUUGCUGUAGCUCUUUGUUUUAUGUUGAGGCGAUUGCAGUACAUUAUGAUUUACCUGCUCUACCAAUGAUAUCUGUCUUCCUAUAUCAAACUAGCUACUUAUCCAAAUAUACAUUUUGCAAGUGUAGCUACUUCCUCAUAUUUUCCUUUUGUGUUUGCAAUUCGUUUACUAAUGUGCAGAGACAUUUUGUUUUGGUCCAUUGGUGAUUUACACUACCAGUGGUCCAUAUCCUUUCAACCAACAUUAGUAACCGUUUAAGAAAAACAAAAUGAUCAUGUCUGCUACACUAAAACUCCCACUGUUUUUUUUAGCCAUUACAAUACUGAUUUUUCAGUUUAUGAACCCACCAGAUUAGACACAUGUAGACAUUAAAAACCUCCACCAGACCUUCUAAGACUCAAGUAAAAUGUAAAGGAUAUGGCUAUUCUGCAUAUAAAACAUGGAUAACACCCAGGGGUGAAAGUCGAGUUUACACAUUGUUUUUUUUUGUAAAAUACAAUCAUCGCCUCAACUGCAAGGCAAACAAAAUAAUUGUUUUACAAAAGUUCCAAUAAAUGUACACUACGGGAACAGAAUUACAGAGCAUAUAUAAUAUAAAAUUCCCUAUUUUCCUUUUUUAUGACAGAAAAACAUCAAUUUUAUAUUUUUAAAUAUAUGAAAGUGAUAUAUUCAUGUAGAAAAUACUGUUAUUUUUCAACCACUGAGAAGACCGGAUUUAGCUCGAAGGCAGACAGAUGAAAAUUGUCUGGUUAUAAAUGAAUGUAUACAGCACUGCAUCCUUUUCAGCCAAGAAUGGUUGAUAUUGUAUGUUUUACAUAACUGUUAAACUAUUACAGGAAAAUUACACCCAAAAUGCGAGUUAGUAUAAGAAUUAUGAGUAGUAUCUCCUGGUACCUGUUAUUUUGUUGUGCGGAUGGUGUUGCAAUCCUCUUUAAGUUAUAAAUUAACAAAACCAGUCUGAUUUUCCAAAUUGUUUUUCUCUACACAAUUCACAAUUUGUUAAAAUAAAUCCUAAAUAUUAAUGAUAUUAGUUGCCCCCAAUAUAUCGCUUUACAAUGUUGCUGUCAAAGUGGCUGUUGUUUGUAGCCUUAUCUUGAUCGUGACUAGUUGAGAAUUGCCACCACGUACAUAAAUAGUGCCAGGACAAACUAUGGGAUUUUUCACAUUGCCUCAUGGGCUAUUCAGAUUAACUUGUACCUUGACAGAGGAGUACUCAACAAACUCCAUAUUCACUUUCUUUCUAUGAGUUGCUAGAGUUGACUUAAAGGGACACCCUAUGCACUAUAACCAUUUUAGCUUAUUGAAGUGGUAAUCGUGCCUGGAGUUCUCUGGCACCGUCAUAUUAUUCUUUUGUAAAUGUUUAAUUAGCACAAUCUACAGACUAAAAACAAUGUAAUUAUGUGAAACUAACAUUAUGCAUGCCAGAUUCUCUGUAAUGUUAAUUUUGAUUCUGCCAAUCAAGGAACUAUGUGAUUAAGUAUGCUAAGAGGCAAAAAGAGACAUGAAGGUGAUCUAGGGUCAAAAUGUUGCCAGAUUACUUUUAUGGUGACUGAUUGAAACUCAUCAAAUAUAUUUUUACAUUUUGAUUUUGUUUCAUUUGGCCCUUUUAUGAAAAUCACAGACUUAUUAAUUUAGUAUCACGUUGGUUUUGGGUCUAAUUUUCAAUGUAAAAACAUUAAUAGUCCCCAAAAUAUCUGGGACUCCUUCUGAUGACAAACGGUGACCGUCAUAGCUGGUGAAUAUGUAGAACUGCACUGGGCGGGUUCUGUGCCAGAAAUAAAAUGGAUAAAUAAAUAAAUAUAUAUGAUAUGAAAAAAAAUGCUUUAUAGCUUUUAAAAUGUAUAAUAUUGUAAAAUUUCAUUUUGAACACACGUACAUGGUGCUUGCUACAGUUUGUAGCACACUGACGGUAUUGUGCUGUAUCACCCUUUCAUUGUAAUAUAAAUACAAUUUUUUAUAUAUCGG